CAAUGAUUUCCGGUGCGCCAAUACAGAGAUGUGAAUAAGUUCAAGAUAGUAAUCCGCCUUUUCGCCCAGAAUCACUAAAUCAACAUUUAAUUCAUUCAGGGAAACCUGAAGUGUUUCCACAUUAUUGAGCUGAGUAGAGAUAGCAGUUUGAGAAAUCCGAACUGUUUUACCUGUGUGCAAACUUUGAAACACUGAACCGAUGCAAAUGAAUGUAAAUUAAUUUCUGACCUCGUCCGCUUCCAAACCGGAAGUUAAAUAUGGAUUAUCCAGAUCAGCGGGGAAGCCCCAACAACGGACUUUGACUGUUGACGCAUCCUUUGACAGCUAUUUAAGAAGUUACCUUCUAUUUUUGUUCAAAUAGUAGGAACAGACUCUGAUAGCAAUGAGUUAUAUUUAGUCAGCUCCUCGGGUGUUACUAUUUGUCAGACGUGAGUCAGCUGAGGCUUGCAAACACUGAGCGGGAGACCCAACUGUUCUGUUUGUCAGCAGAAGGAGUAGACUAAUUCACAAUAUGUGUUGGUGUUUGCCUGUUAUCGUGGGUUUUCUGUUUGUGGGCCUCCCGUACUUUGUCUGUUUUGUGGCCCAGUGGUUCUGUGGCUGGCCAGACAAGCCUGGGUACAAAAAGUACAUAGAAGCUCUGAAUCCAAGGCGGAUAUACCGUUUGACCUUUGCUACGUUGGAUCUUCUUAAAUACUUUCAGUAUUGGAAAUUGCAUUUUCAGAUUAAGUCCUGGUAUAGAAACGAGGAGAACUCUAAGCACUGCAAAAAGGGCAUUGUUUAUGGGCGUCGCGGCAACAAGCUGGACUUGUAUUACCCCCCGAUACAGAAUACAGAUGAGCUUCCACCUCUGGUCGUGUUUAUCUAUGGUGGUGCGUGGAGCACUGGACACAGAUCCAUUUACUGUUUACUGGCGAGGCAGAUGACUGAAGAACUGGAUACAGCUGUUGUUUGUCCAGAUUACUGUACUUAUCCAAAGGGGAAUGUUCUAAUGAUGAUUCAAGAUAUUGCAGACUGUUUGAUUUGGGCUCAAGAGAACGGACAGAAGUUCAGCUUUGACAAGGACAACAUUGUUUUAGUUGGCCAUUCAGCAGGUGCUCAUUUGGGUGCAAUGACCGCACUAUUUCUCCUUGACACACGAGAGGAGCUGGUGAUAGAGUCAAAGAAACAGCAGCAGAUUUUACAGUCAAUACGAGGAGUUAUUGGGAUGAGUGGUGUUUACAGCAUCAUGGACCAUUAUGAGCAUGAGAAGAAGCGAGGAAUCGAGUACGUCUCUUGUAUGUCAAGGGCCAUGAAUGGGGAGAAAAACUUUCCACGCUACUCACCCAUGCAUAUAGUACAGCACCUUAGUGGUGACAAGUUGAGCAGAGCUCCGCGGUUCGUUUUGCUUCACGGGAAUUGUGACAUCGUUGUUCCGGUUGAGUCUUCCACAAAGUUCUACAAGCUCCUCUCUUCCCUGUCCGGAAAUGUGUCGCUCCACCUGCUUCCUACCGUCAACCACACUGAGAUGGUCACUGACCUCAUGCUGUCAACCAGGCGCUUCUACCAUCCGAUCUUCAGAUGCAUCGAACGCGAGUUCAGGAAACUCCUAGCCCUAAGCAGUGUUUCUUUUACACGCUGCAUUCACCACAGACAGCCAGUACGUCUGAGUUCAGCGCAGAAAACGUCCACCACCACCUGAGCCACAGCUGCCUGUUAUGAAAUCAAGACUGAAAAAGAUUAGCUGAAUACAAAGUGAGGUCAAACUUCUACAUAUCAACUGUUUUAUUAAGAGAUGUGUAUAUAAUACUAUGUUAAAAUAGUAUUAUUAUUAUUAUUAUUACUACUGGAGUCAAAUUGCAGAAGCAGUACCUCAUAUUCUUAGGUUAAUGGUUUUGAAGUGAAUGCAGAUGCACAACAUUGAUCAUAUUAUUUGUUGUGUUAAAUAUAAUUAAAUAUAAUUUAUUUUGUAUGAUAAAAUCAGCUUGAAUGUUGUGAUGUUUAAUACCAAUAGCAUAACAUUUAUGUUAUUAAUAUUAAAUGCACCUUAACCC